GCCCCGCGGCGCUGCCGAGCCUGCUCGCCAUGAACAUCGACGUGGAGUUCCACAUCCGCCACAACUACCCCUGGGGCCGGCUGCCGGCCAGCGUCAAGCAGGGUCUUGGAAACUCCCAGAGGGAAUAUGAAAGGCAGGUCGUACUCUACAGCAUCCGCAAUCAGUUACGAUACCGGAAUAACUUAGUUAAACAUGUCAAGAAAGAUGAACGUAAAUAUUAUGAGGAUCUGUUAAAAUACAGUCGAGAUCAUCUCAUGUUGUACCCUUAUCAUUUGUCUGACAUCAUGGUAAAAGGUCUGAGGGUAACACCAUUUUCCUAUUACACGGGCAUAAUGGAGGAUAUAAUGAACAGUGAAAAAAGCUAUGAUUCAUUACCCAACUUCACUGCCGCUGACUGUCUAAGACUUCUUGGUAUAGGAAGAAACCAGUAUAUAGAUCUAAUGAACCAAUGUAGGUCUUCAAAAAAAUUUUUCAGAAGGAAAACUGCUCAUGAUCUGUUACCCCUGAAACCCGUGGAGAUUGCUAUAGAAGCAUGGUGGGUCGUGCAGUCUGGCUACAUCACUGAGGAUGACAUCAAGAUUUGUACUACUUCGGAGAAGUCUGCUAUUGAUAAGAUAAUUGAUUCAGGUCCUCAGCUUGCUGGUUCAUUAGACUUCAAUGUAGUUCACAGUUUGUAUAACAAAGGAUUUAUUUACCUUGAUGUACCAAUAUCUGAUGACAGCUGUAUAGCAGUGCCACCACUUGAAGGUUUUGUGAUGAACAGAGUUCAAGGUGAUUACUUUGAAACACUCCUGUACAAGAUAUUUGUUUCAAUAGAUGAACACACUAAUGUGGCAGAGCUUGCAAACGUCCUAGAGAUUGACUUAUCUUUAGUAAAGAAUGCUGUGUCCAUGUAUUGUCGGCUAGGCUUUGCUCAUAAAAAAGGCCAAGUAAUAAACCUGGAUAAUCUGCAUCCAUCAUGGAAGAAUGUUCCUUCAGUAAACAGACUGAAGAGUACUUUGGACCCUCAAAAGAUGCUGCUUUCAUGGGACAGUGGGGAAAACAGAAGUCCUAUACAGGAAGCUGGGUCAUCAGCCACAGAUACAGAUACCAACAGUCAAGAUGAUCCAGCUGAAACGGCCAGCGUGAGCAGCCUGAAUCUGUCUAGUGGACACACAAAGCGAAUUGCCUUCCUGUUUGAUUCUACUCUCACUGCCUUUUUAAUGAUGGGAAAUCUUUCACCAAACUUGAAAAGUCAUGCAGUCACUAUGUUUGAAGUUGGGAAGCUGUCAGAUGAGAGUCUUGACAGCUUCUUGGUGGAGCUGGAAAAGGUUCAAAGUACAGGUGAAGGGGAAGCACAGCGCUACUUCGAUCAUGCACUUACACUGAGAAACACAAUACUGUUUUUGAGGCAUAAUAAAGACCUAGGGGCACAAGCUGUACAGCCUGAUCAACCAAAUAAUGGGUUUCCCUUGGACCUCUUACGAUGUGAGAGUUUGCUCGGCUUGGAUCCAGCUACCUGCAGCAGAGUUCUCAACAAAAAUUAUACUCUGCUGGUUUCCAUGGCACCGCUCACCAAUGAAAUUCGACCUAUUAGCAGCUGUACACCCCAGCACAUUGGACCUGCGAUACCAGAAGUCAGUUCAGUUUGGUUCAAACUGUAUAUUUACCAUAUAACUGGACAAGGACCACCCUCUCUGUUGCUCUCUAAAGGAACACGUCUUCGAAAACUUCCAGACAUUUUUCAGGGUUAUGAUCGCUUACUAAUAACGUCUUGGGGUCACGACCCAGGAGUAGUUCCCACUUCAAAUGUGCUCACAAUGCUGAAUGAUGCUUUAACGCAUUCUGCUGUUCUAAUUCAGGGGCAUGGCAUGUACGGAAUGGGAGAAACAAUGCACAUACCUUUCCCAUUUGAUGAAGCUGAGCAGCAGGGAGACUUCUCUCGUGUGAACAUGGGCAUUCAUACGGCUUUAAAAAUACUGCGAAACAAAGUAGACUUGCAGCAUUUUUGUGGCUAUGUCACUAUGUUGAAUCCUUCAAGUCGGCACGCUAACAGAAAGCUGAGCGAUGCUUCUGACGGAAGAGGAGAGGCUGAACUAGCAUCAGGAUCUGAUGUAAAUGGGAGCACAGAAUCAUUUGAGAUGGUAAUAGAAGAAACCUCAAUGGAUUCUGCAGUCAAGCAAAGCCUUGAAGCACCCACAACAGAACUGGAAUGGGUUCCCCUGGAAUUAUGCUUUGGCAUUCCACUCUUCAGCUCUGAGUUGAAUCAGAAGGUCUGCAGAAAAAUUGCCACUCAUGGAUUAUGUAGAAAAGAAAGCCUUCAAAAACUCUUACAUUCCAGUAGAAAGCUGUCUCUUCAGGUCCUUAAUUUUGUUCAUUCAUUCCAGGAAGGUAUUUCAACACUGGAUCAGCUCCAUGAUGCUGGUUCUUCAAGUUCACUUUUGCAGCCUAUUUCUGCAGAUAUGGGUGUUCCACUUCCUGCCAAGAAUCUCAUGUUCAAAGAAGGUGUAUUAUCCGAAUGGAACGGAUGGUCCCCUUCCUCAGUUUUUUUCAACCACACCUAAGGAACAGGUCAAAUAGGGGUUCUCAUGCAUUGAUCACUAAAUGCCUUUCUUCUAUUAUGGUUAAUUCCUCGUGCCAACCACUAAGAAGCGUACUGCUGCUGCAGCAUAACCCAUGUAAAAGUAGUGUUACAAAAACGUGUUGUGUUGCAGUAUUGGGGAAGUGCUUAAACCGUCUAGAACUUGUUACUCAUUACUACAUAUCUUGCUGCAACAGAGAGCUUUUUAGCUGUCAGCACUGUUUUUAUCUUGAGACAAUCUUUCUUUUAUAACUAAACACGCCCUUUCUAGGCUUUCUGAUGAUUGUUAAAUUUCUAUGCUGUCACCACAAAAUUGCAAUAGUAGUUUUCUAUGUUCGUUACUCAGACAUAAAUCCUGUUUAGUUUUGUACUGUAUUACUGAAAAUCUUUCUGUAUAAAGGUAAGAGAUUUGGCUCUUCCUCUGAAAGCUCAGUGAUACCAACUGUUUAAAAAAAAGUAUCAUGGUGAUAUGGGGCAUUAAGAAUUGUUGAAUUCUGUAGUUAACGCUGGGGCCUUGACAAACAGUACAAUGGAAAGAGAUUUGAUGCUUCCAGGAGGCUGAGUUAGUGCAGACUCGAAGGCCUGCUGAUGACUUAAGGCCACUUUGAAGAUGAGUGGUGCACUUUCAUCUCUGGCAGAAUUUGAUGGAGGUGUGGAAUUAUGGAAGGGCUGAAGUGGUCGGCUCUGUUCAUGGGGUUCUUCAUGAUAAUGGAUUCAUCUUGCUCUUUGUAUGAAACCAGGAGUGUCUGGGACUUGAUCACACUGGGAGUUAGUCCCUCAUUGUUAUUUGAAGCUGGUGAUGAUUGCUGUGGGAAAACUCCUGAUGUCAUAAGUUGAGUUUAAGGUAGAUAACUAGAUCUGUCCUGUUGAUUGAUGUUUGAAAGAACAGAGCUCUUGAUUUUUUUCACACGACAGUCAUUAGCAAAGGAAGAUAACAGCAGAGGAUGUGUAGGCAGAGACUUCUCUGAAUCUGUUUUCCUUGAACCAUUAGCUGCUGCUGCUGACAAACAUUAACAGUGAGCUGUUUCAUCUAAAAUCAUGUUCUGGCUCUAUUUGUAGGAGAUGAUUUUAUGUAGCAUGAUUUCACUUUGUUUAUAUUGGGCAUUAACAACUUUUUGCCGGCUUAAAAAAAAGUCUGUCCCAUUUAGCACACAAGGAGAACAAGAGAUGUAAAAUGUUAAGACUUUUAACCCAGCUGUCUAAAGUACUCUGCCAACUCUCUUCUUUACUGGUACUGCCUUGUUUUAAAUAGUCAUAAUUAAAAAUGAGACUUAACCAUCCUGUCAUUACUAGCCUACAAUACGUAAUGGACCAAGAAUCUGUGGCAUAGAUGAUGCUGGACAACAGCAAGGAAAAAAAGGCAAAAUUUGGGUUUGUAUCCUGUUCUGUAUGGCUGUAAGAAAAAACAUGACAGAAGUUUGAAAAGGACAAACAUACCAUGAUAGGAUAAUGCAGUGGCUUCAGUUACAACUGUGAAAAUUCCAUUCUUUUUUUUUUCCUUUGCUUUUAUAUACAUUCCUAAAGUGUAAGUGUAGGACUUGCGCUCUAAGAAA